AUUACUAAGAAGCCCCAGGACAGGGACACAUACUAGAUGGUCUUCAGCAGGGACUCUAAGUGAAUUUGGGAGUUUGAUCCGGUGUUUGUGUUGGUGUUUCCACAGAAGUUGGAGAUGGCUUUUCUGUUCAGGCUUGACUGAGAGAAAGUUUGCAUAUGAAUGUGUUGAUUGCAGCCAAAAUGGGAAGUUGUGGAUGCCUGUGAGUUUUGCAUUUAGCUUGCUUCGGAAGAAAUUGUGAAUCUGACAGCAGUUACAUUUUUUGUAAAUAUUGACAGGCAUUCAUUUUUUAAAGCAAUAAUCUGAGAAUUUUGGCUUUUUAGUCUGCUGCUUGUUGUGUAUUGUUGCAUGUUUUUGGCUUUGGAUAGGAGGUUUUUUACACCUAUAAAAGGAGUAGUGUGUGCCUGAGUGUGUGUGUGUUUCUUGUGUUAGUGGUCUGUUGUGCGCUUGUUUGCCUGCCAUGCCCUUGCCUGCGCCUGAUGUCCCGGCCUCUCAGAGGCUGGCACUGGACUGUCGUACCCUUCUGGACCAUCGCGUUGGCAAGGGGGUUUGUGGUUGUUGCGGGGCACUCAGGCCUCGGUACAAGAGACUGGUAGACAACAUCUUCCCAGAAGACCCAGAGGAUGGGCUGGUGAAGGCGAACAUGGAGAAGCUGACAUUCUACGCCCUGUCAGCUCCAGAGAAACUCGACCGUAUCGGAGCCUACCUGUCUGAGAGAUUGUCAAGGGAUGUGGCCCGACACAGAUACGGGUAUGUGUGCAUAGCCAUGGAAGCCCUCGACCAGCUGCUGAUGGCCUGCCACUGUCAGAGUAUCAACCUGUUUGUGGAGAGUUUUCUCAAGAUGGUGCGCAAGCUGCUAGAAUCAGACAAACCCAGCCUGCAGAUCCUUGGAACCAACUCUUUUGUGAAGUUUGCCAACAUAGAAGAGGAUACACCAUCGUACCACCGCAGUUAUGACUUCUUUGUGUCACGCUUCAGUGAGAUGUGCCACUCCAGCUACGAGGACCCUGACAUCCGCACCAAGAUCCGCAUGGCAGGUAUCAAGGGCCUGCAGGGUGUGGUGAGGAAGACUGUGAAUGAUGAGCUGCAGGCCAACAUCUGGGACCCUCAGCACAUGGACAAGAUCGUGCCCUCUCUGCUUUUCAACCUGCAGAGUGGAGAGCGCACAGAGAGCCGCUCCCCCUCUCCGCUGCAGGCGUCGGAGAAGGAGAAGGAAAGCCCGGUGGAGCUGACGGAGCGCUGCUUCAGGGAGCUGCUGGGACGAGCAGCCUAUGGCAACAUCAAGAACGCCGUCACGCCUGUGCUGAUGCACUUAGAUAACCACUCUCUAUGGGAGGGGAAGACCUUUGCAGUGCGUUGCUUCAAAAUCAUCAUGUACUCCAUUCAGUCGCAGCACUCUCACUUGGUAAUCCAGCAGCUUCUCGGUCACCUGGAUGCUAACAGCAAGAAUUCAGCCACAGUGCGAGCUGGGAUAGUGGAAGUUUUGUUGGAGGCAGCCGCCAUUGCUGCCAGCGGGUCUGUAGGUCCCACGGUGUUGGAGGUGUUUAACACACUGCUGCGACAGCUCCGUCUGAGUGUGGACUACGAGUUGACCGGCUCCUAUGACGGCAGCACCAACAUCGGCACCAAGAUCAUCAAAGCUCACGAGGAGAGGCAGCUGCAGGAGGCUGUCAUCAGGACCAUCGGGUCAUUUGCCAACACUCUGCCGACAUACCAGAGGUCAGAGGUCAUGCUCUUCAUCAUGGGCAAGAUCCCUGUCCCUGGGAUUCACCCAGCUUUGCCCUCCACAGGCUCUGGGCCUGAGGGCACCAGGAUGAUUCAGGUCAUGUUGCUUAAAUCCUUGGUCCAGGUGACGGCAGGUUUCCAGACCACCAACAUGCUGACGGCGCUGCCCAGCUCUUUCCUGGAGCCGCUGCUGUCCUUCUCUCUAACAGAGGAUCCGGAGAUUCGGCUGCUGGUGCUCCAGAUCCUCCUCAGUCUCAUCGACAGACACGAGAACACGCCCAAGUUCUCCAAUAUAAGCAUCAUCUCGGACAUCUCUGUGCUCAAGCUUAAAGUUGACAAGUGUUCCAGGCAGGACAACUUGUUCAUGAAAAAGCACGGCCAGCAGCUGUACCGACACAUCUACUUGGGCUGUAAGGAGCAGAGCAGCGGGCGGCAGCACUACGAGUCCCUCUUCGCUCUGUUGAGUCUCCUCAGCGUGGAGCUGGCUAAUGAAGAGGUGGUGGUGGACCUCAUUCGCCUGGCGCUCGCCUUGCAGGACCUGGCUCUGUCCACCGACGAGGCUAUGCCCAUUUAUAACCGAUGUGCUGUUCAUGCCCUCGCCGCAGCCUACCUCAACCUCAUCUGCCAGCUCACCACCGUCCCAGCCUUCUGCCAGCACAUACACGAGGUAAUAGAGGUGAGACAGAAAGAAAGUCCUUAUCUUUUGCCUGAGGAUGUCUUCAUUGAUAAUCCCAAGCUGCCUCCUUCACUGGAGAAGGUAGAGGGGGAUGUUCUGUUUCUCCAGUCGAAGAUCACUGAGGUCCUCGGAGGGAGCGGUUAUAACACAGAUAGACUGGCUACGCCUUACGUCCCCCAGUAUACUGAUGAGGACCGUCUGUCCAAGAGAAAGAGCAUCGGAGAGACCAUCUCACUGCAGGUGGAGGUGGAGUCCCGAAACAGUCCAGAGAAAGAGGAGAGGACACCAGCAGAGGAGAUCACCUUUGAAACCCUGAAAAAUGCUAUUGUGGACAGCGUGGGCAUGGAGGAGCAGGAGAGGGAGCGGAGGAGGCAAGUCGUGGAGAAGUUUCAGAAGGCCCCCUUCGAGGAGAUCGCUGCCCACUGUGGAGCCAGGGCCACACUACUGCAGAGCAAACUAAAUCAGAUCUUUGAGAUUACAAUCAGACCCCCGCCCAGCCCAUCUGGAACCAUUUCAUCAGGUUACGGACAAAACCAGAGUCGAUCUGUACCCAUCUAUGAGAUGAAGUUUCCUGAUCUCUGCGUGUACUAGACCAGAAAAAGCAACGUUACAGAACUAUUUAACAUUUGCGGACAGGGAUAGGGAUUUUGGAAGGGCAACCGAUCGUCACUGUAAAGGCGUCUUCUUUAAAAUGGAAUCAAACAACCACAGGAGAUGAGGAGGAAGCCACGGUUGUUUGAAGCCAACUCAAGAACAAGCCACAUCUUGAUUAAUUUAGCUGUCUGAAAAAAUAAUUCUUUUGCCCUUUGAUCGCAGCCAAAACAAGCCGGUUAAUAUCAAUAAAUGCAGCAGUAAAACAAACUUUUAUUUCACAUACUUCCCCUCAGUUCUCGUUAGAUGUUUGUAGAAACUCCACUGGUUGGAUUUUCAAAUUUAGAAAUUGCCAAGAACUGUGAGGCAGACUGAAAGUUAUUUCAUUGGCUUUAGGAUGAAUUGACUCAUUGCAUGCCCUCUAGCUGGACAUUUUUUAUAUAGCACUGCAAAAUAUUUUGACCUAUUUGUCCCUUACAGGGUGCCAUACUACCCUCGAUCACAACAAUAGACUGAUCAGUCUUUAUAUUUUAUAUUUUAUUUGUUUUAUUGGUUGUUGAUUUUAUGGCCAGGACGAGUGUUUAUGAAUUUCGAGGCAUUUUAUUUAUCUGACAUGAUUUAUCUGUGUAUUUUUGUGUGUGUUUGAAUGAAAACUGGAUAGAUGUAUACAAAUAUGAUGCUUAUCCUUCUCAUCUCCCAUGUUACUACACUUUUGAACAUCUGUCUUUAGUGUUUAAUGCUUUACCAUUUUUUGUUGCCUUUUUAGUGUUAGCCAAAAGUGCAUUUUCUUUCAUAAUGGGCAUUUAUAGUUUUGUUUCUAACUAUUUUGUCUCUAGCCGUGGUUUUAAUGAGAGAUAACUAUCAUCCCAAAGUGAGUGUGCCUUACAAGGUGACUCAAAAUUCAAAAUCACACACUGCGCCACAGUCAUGACCACACUAAACUUCUGAAAAUCUGAAGUCUUUACUGUGAUGUUUCCCAGAUCAAACACUAUAAGAUAAUUAAGGAUCCUUUAUUUUUCUCUUUCCAUAUAAAUGUGUACAUACAGAGAAAUAUAUAAAUCUUUAAGCCUAUGUACAGAGUAGGGAUGUUUUUGUGUGUUUAUAUAUACUGUAUAUUGGUUCUAAUUUUAGACUGCCAGUGCACUGACUGUGUCAAUAGAGAAGGGAGAAAGCUACUUAGUUAGUAUUCGGAUACUUAUGUUAAAAUCUCAAAUAAGUAACCAGCAACACAUGAAAUCAAAAAGGUGGUUUGACAAGGGUCUGAACAGCCCGCAGUAGAAAUCUGCAUCAUCUCAAGGCCAGUAGAUCACCCUAGUAAAGUCUCUCCUGAACCUGAAAUAAUCAACAUCAUCAUUUGCAGAUUUUGAGACAUCAGAAUCGGGACAUGUAUUGUUGCCAAUACAUUUGCAAUCCUGAUGGAAUAACUUUGCACUCUGUUUUUACGCCAUACUGCUGCUGCAGCUUCCAAGCAGUGCACCUGUCUCAUUCAGCGAGGUUUAAAGGAAUACACCACCCCUGAAAUCAUCGUGUAUAUCAAUUACUCACCCUGUUACCUUGAAUUCCUAAAGAAAACUUUUGGUUUUUUUGCAUGCCUCCAUGGUGAGCCAAUAAUCCAAAAAUGUAGAUGAAUGGAAGUAAAUGGGGGUUCAAAUUAAAUGACAAUAAAACUAUAUCAAAACAUCAAUUUAUAAACUCUUACACAACUCGUGCAGUAUAAUCCAAGUCCCAUUUAUUCAGCUGUAUGCUCUGUACUUCCGAAACCUUACAAAAUCAGUUUGAUUGCAUUGUUUUUUUAUUGCUUUUGUCAGAUGCCCUGUUUUUUAUUUAUUCCUGUCACUAGCUUUGAAAGCGCUGCAAUAAACAAGGAACGGCUGAUUUGUGAAGUUGAACUGAGUUCUCUAUACAAAACCAACUUAUUUCAAUACUAAAACCUAACAAUGUGGUAGCUGGCUGGAGGGAGAUCGCCAAGGAGCUAAAAGUUUCUGUUGCUGUUGACUAUAUUGUGUCAUUUCCAGUAUAUAUCACAAUAUGAAACUUGUAUCUUUUACAAAAGAUUAAACACAUAGGGAAAAAGCAAAUGCACACAAGUGAGAAUUGUGUUGGGUGAGAUUUUGUAAAUUAAUAUUUUGAUAUAGUUUUACAAUUGUCUCGCUGUAUUUUUGGAUUCUGUGUUGACCAUGGAGACGUGAGAAUAAUGCUUUUUAAAGAAUUCAUUCAAUCACUUUGGUGGCAAAGUAUUCCUUUAAAUAAGUCUAAAAGCCAUUAUGUGUGCAUGUGUGCACAUACACACAGGUAUAAAAACAAAGUAUAAUGGCAAUAAUUUGCCACUAGUCUGGCUAACGCAGACCAACUGUUGGUAGCAGAUCCUUGCGUGUUUUAAAUUGUACCUUCUGUUGUUGUGGUGCUGUGAUGGUCACUUUUGUGGUGUUGUAAGAGAAUGACCCUCCUGCUCCUGCGCUUCAGUGAACUAACUGCAUCGUGUGUAAAACGCGCUGCAGCCAUCCUGUUUAAUGUAAACGACAGUGUCUGGUUUGUCCCUGAUUGUCAUGUGUCGCAGUUGUUUUUAUUAUUUUUUACAAUGUAGUGUCUUCUGUAUGUAUAUUCAUGUCCACACAUGCUAGUGUAUCAGAUCUGUUUACCCUUACUGUCAGUGCAGGUGUGUGUGUGUGUGUGUGUGUGUGUGUGUGUGAGAGUGUAUUUGUUCAUGUGUCUAUAUGAACAUAAGUCUUUAUCGUCAUUACCCAAGACCAAACUCUUCAAACACAGUUUACACUCUUGUCCAGUGACUCUUUUCACCAUGUUAACGAAGAACAAGCUAUCUUAGAGCAAUGUGCAGCUGUCUAAACCUUCCAGUGACACCUUGUAAAAUUGUCUUUUUUCAGCAUCUCGCAACUUCGCAGUGAAGACCUGUAAAUCUACUGAUGUGCUUGUCAUCAUUGCAUAGUGUAAUGUAAUAUUAACUGACGGUAAUCCAAUCUUACUUUUGUCAUUACAUGUCUGGUUAAUAGAUCUGUUUACAACGUAGUGCUGUAGGUCAAAUCUAUUCAUUCUGUGAACUUUGCACUUUAAAAACAGGAUUACCUAGCGACAAAGGCAGCUUUUACAUGGAGAAAAUGCCUUACGAGUGUCAUACCUGACUUUGCAUGCUAGUGAUGUUGCUGUGUUGUACAAUAAAUUUGUCUGUAACCAGAAAA